AUGAGUGUCUCCGGACUGGCACCACCGCCUCCGUUCCUGCCCACGCCUGGCCGCCCUGCUGUUGCCUGGCCGCAAUGGAUCCGCAUCUUCGAGAAUUAUCUGCUCGCAGCUGGUGUUUCGGACUGUGCGCCGGACCGUCGCAAGGCUCUCCUAAUCCACAGCCUCGGCGUAGAAGGCCAGCGCAUAUUUCACACACUACCGCUUCAGUCUUCGGCCAACGCAAAGUCCGGCCCUGAGAAUGAGGGCCCGGCCGACCUCGGGGGCACCGUCGCGAAGGGUGCCUUCUCACUGCUCUGGGGUACGGGUGGACCGAAGGAUUCGAGGGAGGGUGGGGAAUCCGGCUCGGUGUUGGUCGCCUCACUGCGCGGGGCCGAUCGGAGGAGAAAAGCUGGACACAAGAUGGCGGCCACCAGUCACAAUCCGGAGAACAAAAGUGCCCUCAACAGCUCCAUCUACAAGUCCUUCACCGAGAAUCCCAUCUAUUUCCUGGCCAACUUGCAGGAGCUGGGUGACCCCCGCACUCGUCACUACCCUGUAGUGAUGAACCCCCUGUUCGUAUUUCCUCUCGUCGCCCUGUACGUAUACUUUGUCAAGGUGGCUGGUCCACGCUGGAUGAAAGACCGGCAGCCCUUUCGCAUCGAUGGUCUAGUGCGACUGCACAAUCUCCUCAUGGUGCUGGCCAAUGCCAAACUCUGCACUUCGCUCAUGUUAUCCGCGUACCUUCCCGGUGGCAGCUACAGCUUCUGGUGCCAGGGAAUCACUGGUCGUGUGGACGGCAGCUUCCAGGAGCUGUACAAGACCGGCUGGAUCUAUGUAGUGUUUCGAUACGUAGACUUCCUGGACACCGUGUUCUUUGUGCUCCGAAAGAAGUUCAACCAAAUAACGCACCUUCACGUCAUCCACCACGUCAUGGUGACGUUGAACGUCUGGUUCUGGGUCCUCUUCGCGCCGGAGGGUCAAGUGGUGUUCGGCCUGGCGCUCAACGCGUUCGUACACGUGGUGAUGUACACCUACUACCUCCUGGCCAACAUGGGACCCUCUAUGCGGAAGUACCUGUGGUGGAAGAAGUAUCUCACCACGAUGCAGAUCGUGCAGUUUGUGAUAAUAGUCGUGCACAUGUCCAUACCGCUGUUCAUCGACUGCGGCUUCCCGCGGUACCUCAUAUUCAUGGGUGUAGCGCAGACGUUGCUUGUGCUGGCACUGUUCCUAAACUUCUAUAAAAAAUCCUAUAUAGAACCGGAGCGCAUGAAGGAGGCGCCAAAACUUACGGCAAGCAAUGGAGAUGCCAUCAUGCACAACCAUGAACAGAAGAAAGAUAUGUAGUUUGUUGUUUUGUUUAACUACUUUGGAAUAUUACGCACUGAAUGUCAUCAAAA